GCUAGCUUCAUACUCUUAAUUUCGAGAUUUGACAGGUUCGGCGGCGACAACGAUCCGCGGUAUUCACGAGCCCAUCUAAAUUUUCCUUAUUUAACCCAUUCCUCAUCAUAGAGAAGGCGUCUCCACCAUGGAUUCGGAGAUCGCGCCCAAGUUUGCUCCUUUCAUCGGCAUGGCCGGUAUUGCCGCCGCCAUGAUUUUCGGAUGCAUUGGAGCAGCAUACGGAACGGCGAAGUCUGGAAUUGGUAUUGCAGGUGUCGGCACGUUUAGGCCAGACCUGAUCAUGAAGUGCCUGAUUCCGGUCGUCAUGUCCGGAAUUAUCGCCGUCUACUCGCUCGUUGUCUCCGUCCUCAUUGCCGGUGACAUGAACCCACCUACACGACAAAGCUACAGCUUGUUCAGCGGUUUUCUACAUCUGGGAUGUGGGCUCUCAGUUGGAUUCACGGGUCUUGCGGCCGGAUAUUGCAUUGGUAUUGUUGGUGACAAGGGCGUUCGCGCAUACAUGGAACAAUCGAGGAUAUUCGUCGGUAUGGUUCUGAUUCUAAUUUUCGGAGAAGUCCUAGGUCUCUAUGGUCUCAUCGUUGCUCUUAUCCUCAACACCAAGAGCAAGGGUUAAGCUAUUUGGGCCCGAAACAGCGCCACUCACUCUUAAAGACAACCGAAUGUUCAUAUGAAAGCAUAGGCAAACCCGGUCUGUAAAGGCAAAGUGUAAUCAAUAACUGCAUGGCUGAUGGCGUUUUGCGGGUAUGUAGAACUAAAGGUAACCAUUAGAUGCGUUGACAGUUGGCAGGUCAACGUUUGGUCAGAUAGUUGUUCAGAACCCGUACUGGUGAACAAGACAUCUUGUGAUAUCAAAGCAAUUCCUUGGUGUUGUCACGCUUCAGCUAUAGGCGAA